AUGCAAAGUGACACCGCCACUAAGUUAAGUACCGAGGGAGAUGCUUCAAUCGGCAACGACCAAAUCUUACACCUCACCAAUGCGGAUCAAUCACAAACAGAGAGCAUCGGCCGAGUCUCUUACCGUGAACCCUUCCUCCUGCGGCAAAAUUCCACAGGAAAACUGGCUGAUUUCACCACAAAUUUCACCUUUGUCAUCAAUCCUCCAGACAACGGUGGCUACGGACUCGUGUUCUUCCUGGCGCCAAAUGGGUCCUUACUCAACAGGGAUCUAGGGAAAGGUGGCAGUAUGGGACUCCCUGUCAACAGCACAAUGGAAAACCCUAUCCGCCCUGAGUAUGCCUUUGUGGCGGUGGAGUUUGAUACCUACCAGAAUCAAGAGCCGACCGUCCAAGACCCCCUCGGCCAACAUAUAGGUAUAGACGUCAACUCCUUAGAUUCUACUGCCUACCAGAAGUGGAAUAAAUUUAAUGGGGGUACUAGUACUAUGAUAGCUCAACAAAACAGUGCUACGAUUAGUUAUGAUUCCGUCUCAAAAAAUCUUAGUGUUUCCUUAAUUACUAGUUAUGUACUCGAGGGUACACCUGCACCUAUGAAAACGAGCUCUAAUCUGUAUCUCAUAGUUGAUCUGGAAAAAUACUUGCCGGGUAGGGUUAUUGUUGGGUUCUCAGCUGCAACAGAUAGUAAUACUUUCCAUAACAUAAUCUCAUGGAAUUUUACUUCAACUUUACUUGUUGAUCCUGAGCCUCUACCUUCUUCUAGUCCACAAGUACCGGUGAGUCCAAAUAUGGCACCUGCAUCUCUAACUACCUCUGGCCAAGCAAGCCAAAAUCAAGCUCAAAUUCCUUCCCCAGGUCCUAGUUCUAUAGCCAAGUCGAAAAAGCAAAAUAUCCUGGUACUAAUAGCAGCUGCAAUUUUUAGUACUAUAGGUGUAUUUUUCUUGCUCGGAGGUUUCAUUUGGUUCAUCUUUUGGAUCAAGAAUAGAGCACCAGGAGAAAGUAAUACUGAUGAACAUCCUAUGAUUCGAGACCCGACAGACGAGCAAUUCGGAAGGGAGACUGGCCCCCGGCAGUUCUCCUAUAGGGAGUUGGAAGUGGCAACGGUAUCAGAAAGAGAUGGAAGCACUUGCUGCCAAGCCAUUAAUGGCCCCUCGCAGUUUGCGAAAACAAGCGAGCUCAGCAAUAAGGGUUUCUGA